GGGGAAUAGCACAUAUUCAUUAUUACUAUUUUGAGCCGACUUCAGGUCUAAGCUUAUCGGCUUUCUUCAGCAUGCUUCGUCGCAGUCAUAAAAAGUCCAAGAAGGGAUGUCUGCAAUGCAAACAACGUCAUGUAAAGUGCGAUGAAGGCCGCCCAACAUGUCUCCUCUGCACAAUGUCAAACCGAGAUUGCAGUUUCGCCUCCGACCCCCAACCACCCCCUCAAGACGCAAAUUCAUCAACAUCAGACCCAUCCUCUCGUGAAGGAUCACUCCCCAGCCUCGACACCAAUCUUAGGUCCACAAGUGCAACAUCCCUAUCCGACAGCCAUGAAACAUCUUUUAACAGCGUCGUCAACAUGGAACAUAUGGAACUCUUCAUCCAUGGGAUAACAAACAAAGACUUGUUUAGUCUUGGUGACAGAGUUGAACAUUCUCAAGAGACGCUUGAUAUCUGUCUUAAAGAGAGCGUUAAGGCGCCGUAUCUCUUACAUCAGGUGUUGGCGUUUUCUGCUCGCCAUCUGGCGGCUAUUCACCCUGAGCGGCCAACAAGGUACCUGGAUCAAGCUGUAAAGUUACAGACACGGGCCGUCUCACUAUUUAAUUCGACGAAACGGGAGGUUGAUUCAUCGAACUGUCUCGCUAUUCUCCUGUUCUCAGUUACUCUUGGCCAUCAUCUCCUCGCCGAUGCCUUGGCAACCCGAAGCUCCGACGGUCUUGACGGGUUUCUUACCCACUAUGGUCAGUGUGUCGAGAUGAAUUGGGGGUUGUACCGCUUAACACUCUCCGCAUGGCCUUUACUCCUUAGCACGGAGCUCGAACCAGUUCUAUCAUGGAGUAGUCAGCAAUCAUCCAAAGACCCGACCGGAAACCAUUGCGAACCCAUAAUCCAGCUCAUCAACGAGUCGAUGGCUUUAUCAAAUGAGGAGAAAGAAGUCUGUCACGAAGCAAUACAAUACCUCCAGCUCGGUUUCGAUGCCAUGUUCGAAGAGGACGAUGGCAGUCGAUAUCGCAUGAUAUUUCAGUGGACGAUGCUAGCGUCUCCAGAGCUGACAGGCUUGUUAGCUACAAAACGACCUGAAGCCCUGAUCCUUCUGGGUUAUUACGCUUUGUUAUUGCAUUAUGGACGAAGUCUCUGGCAGGUUGGAGAUACAGGGGAAUAUCUGCUAGGCCUCAUCGUGGACUAUCUUGCCCCAGAGUGGCAUAUCUGGCUCGAGUACCCACAGCGAAUGAUGAGACAAAAUUGA